AUGGCUAUGCCAGCCAGCGGCCAGCCUCCUUCAGGGGAUGGUCUAUCUACACCCAAUACCAAGCCCAAUCCUACUAUUGGUAACUACACAAAUGCGUUACAAAAUGUUGUUGAACAAGAGAUCCCAUAUCCAAUUGGGAUAAAAAUGACACUUCUCCACCAACAUAUCACACUCUUCCUUGUAAAAAAUCUUUCCUUUAGUCAAUUAGGUCGUACGGUCUGUGCUCCAGGCGAACGCUUUUCGUUGACCCCUCACUCGAACGACUCCCCAAGGCAACAUUACUACUAUAUUAGAAGCACCAGUUGGGUGCUUUUCGUCGUCCGUCCAAGGGCAAAUCCGUCAUUUAGCUCAAGGACAAAAGAGAUAUUUAGCUUUUCUCAACAUAAUUCCAGAAGAAUCAACCAGUUCUUUCAUCUUCUGGUCCAACUAUUUGGAGAAACAUGGAUUGGACUUCAGAAUUCUUUUUUUUUCCCAAAAUUUCAAGGAUUGCUCUUCAACUUCAUCUUCUCAACUGGAAGUGCAAUUUUAGGUAAUCAUCUCACUUCUGCUGCUAUUAUCGGUCAAGACGGCACCGUUUGGGCCCAACCUGCUAAUUUCCCUCAGACAUUGAUGAUAUUGCAACAACAAGAUCUUGCUAUUUUCAUGUUGGGACUAUGAAAUCUGAUGAAUAAUAUUAUUGAUUGAAGAGCAACCAAUAUUUCAGGACUAUGGAAUCCGGCUUGAUAGAGUGGAAAGAAACAAGAUUAAAUAACUUUAUAUGUGCAUAAAAUUCUUUAUGUGCAAUUAGUUUUUAGUUUAAUCUUUUAUCAUUAACGCCAACUUCACCUUGCAAG